GGGGGGUAUAAAGGUUAAGGAACCCGUCUGUACCGUCCCAAAGGCAAACAAGCCCGCUAGCCUUGAGUAAAGUCCAAUGGGGAUCACACGCAGACGUAACAGAGGGGACAGAGCUUGGAGGCGUUCUAACUGACCCCCCAAAAAAGACCCCAGAUCCGGUGCAUGCUCCUCAGGGAACAGUCCGCUAUCAUGGAUCUCCUCCACAGCUGGGGGGUCCAGCUGGCGCAGCACUUGCAGACCAAAUACAGCGGAUACGAGGGCUUGUUCAGUCUGGCCUCCACAGUAGCAGACCUGCACACCACCUUCUUCUUCUUCUUCCCCGUCUGGUUCCACCUACGGAGGGACACGGGGCUCCGGCUGGUCUGGGUGGCUGUCGUCGGAGACUGGAUCAACCUGGUCCUCAAAUGGGUUCUUUUUGGGGAGAGACCAUACUGGUGGGUUCAUGAGACCCGCUUCUAUAGGGCGGGGGCGGCCCCUUCGCUGCACCAGUUCCCCAUCACAUGUGAAACUGGACCAGGGAGUCCCUCUGGUCACGCCAUGGGCGCUGCGGGGGUCUGGUACGUGAUGGUGACCGCACUGCUCGCCAUUGCGGCGGAGAAACGAUGCCCGCCGUCACUGUACAAGGUCCUGCAGGUGCUUCUGUGGGGGCUCAUGGGCCUGCUGGUGCUGCUGGUGUGCAUGUCCAGGGUCUACAUGGCCGCCCACUUCCCACACCAGGUCAUCGCCGGCAUUGUGGCAGGCGUGCUCGUGGCUGAAAUCCUGUCCCGGGUGAAGUGGAUCUACAGCGCUGGCUUGAGGACCUACACCUUCACCGCGGUCUUCUUGACCUCCUUCGCGGUGGGCUUCUACCUCCUGCUCAAGGCCGUGGGUGUUGACCUCCUGUGGACCCUGGAGAAGGCCCAGCGAUGGUGCACGAAGGCCGAGUGGGUCCACAUGGACACCACGCCCUUUGCCAGCCUCCUGCGCAACACGGGCAGCCUGCUGGGUCUCGGCCUGGGCCUGGACCUGGACCCGGACCCGGACCCGCACUCGCUCGGGAAGACGAGUCGCGCUUUCAAGACGGGCUGCAUCGUGGCCUCGUUAGCGCUGCUGCGUCUCUUGGAUGUUUGGACAUUUUCCUCAGGGAAUCUCGUGACUUUCCACUGCUUGUCGUUCGGCAAGAGCGCAGUUGCACUUUUAAUCCCGACCGCCGUGGUUCCUUGGGCUCUCCGCUGCAUGGGCACGGGAAACGGGGGCCGGAAGAACCAGAAGAACUUGUGACUUUUGGGAAGGAUCAAGGAGACGUUUCACGUUGGAAAUGUUGUGCUUGCAUAUGAUCACAAGAAGAACCUUUAAGGCAGGGGUGUCCAAAGUGAGGCCCGGGGGCCAUUUGUGGCCCGCAACUGUUUUUUUUUUUUUAAGCCUUCGUCUUAUUCCAAAAAUAUCAUUGAGCAACACAAUAAAAUUUGAAGUAAUUUUACAGGAAUAAUGUAAAUAUAUUAAUAAUAUAAUCUAACAAGAAAGCUAAUAUAAAGUUAAUUUAUUUAAUUAAUUAAUCCUGUCCUGUCAUCUAUCUUUCUUUCAUUAAAUACAGUAAAAAUGGGCAUAGUUCAGACAUAGUUGAAUAUUUGAGACUGUUGGUGAUUAAUCGUGAUUAAUUCAUUAAAAAAAACUAUGAUUAAUCUGAUUUACAAUUUUUUACAAUUUACAUUUUUAGUUUUUGUCCAAAGACACACAACAACAGAUAAAGUUGAAAGUUGUCAUUUUUGGAAAAUUAGGUUGCUUCAUAGUUUAUAAUGUUACAAUUUUGUCAAAAGUUUAUGGGAAUAAAACCAUAAAGUUUAAAUAGUUGGAAACUUUAAAGCAGAAAUGGAAAUAAACAGCUUGAAUUUUAUAAGGAUAAAGUAAAAAUAUCAACAGAAAAAAGUAGUAUUUUAAGAAGAAAAAAAGUUUCAAUUUUAUGAGAAUAAACUUGUAAUAUUAAUAUUUAUAAUGUCAUUUUAGUAGUAUAAAAUUGAAAUGUUCAAGUCAUAGUAUUAAGAGCACAACAAAGAAUACAAUUUUUGGAACAUUUUUAAAUAUUACAAGACUAAAGUCACAUUAGGAGAAAAAAUAAUAAACUCAUAAAAAUAAUAAUAAUAAUAAUAAUAAAUGUUAUUUUAGUGGCACAGAGUUGAAAAACAUAAUUUUUCAGUUUUUCAAUUUUUUCAGUAUGUGGCCCUCCUUGGAAAAGCUUUGGACAUCUCUGCUUUUAUGGCUACGCUCGCAUGCUGUUGAGCCAUUGUUUGGAUUUGACUAGCUCGUGUUUCCCACAAUAUGUGGCGCUACCUACGCUGAUAAACACAUUAUAACGGGACUGUCUGCGAAUGCAGUCGUAGCAACACCUUACAGUAGUCCGUAGUCAUUCAUUCAUUUUCUACCGCUUAUCCUCACCAGGGUCACGUGGGGUGCUGGAGCCUAUUCCAGCUGUCUUGGGGUGAGAGGCGGGGUACACCCUGGACGGGUGGCCAGCCAAUCACAGGGCACAUAUAGACAAACAACCAUUCACACUCACAUUCUUACCUAUGGCCAAUUAACCUAGCAUGUUUUUGGAACGUAUAUAUACAUAUACAAAUUUUGCUUUUUAUAUUUCUUAGCUCGCCUUUUCUCAAUAAAAAUGUUAUGACCGA